AUGACUACAGAAAAAACACAGACUCGAAGUAUCGCGGACACAGCCUUUGUUGUCGCGCCCGAAAACCCGAUCCGAAUCAAGCUGAUCAGGACCGACGAUUUUGAUAGCUGGUUAACCGCCCUGGAUGCCCAGGCUUCCAGCUGGGUGCAGCGACAGGGCUUCGUCGCCAAACCCAAUCAAUGGGCGUCACUGGACGACUCAGCCGGUGAAAUGAUUGUCGUCGGCUGGGAUGGCACAGACAAUAUCGCCAGCCUGGGCAGCCUGCCCCUGGAUUUACCCGAAGGCGACUAUCAACUGCUGGAUGCGGUGUCUGACCUGCAGGUUACCGGCUGGGGCUUAGGCAGCUAUCAGUUCAGCCGAUAUAAACAACCCACCCGGCAGGCAGCAAGGCUGCUGAUCCCCGCUGACAACAACGCCGCAAGCAUCAUCAAUAUCUGCACCGCCACCUGCCUGACCCGAGAUCUGAUCAAUACCCCGGCCCAGGACAUGGCGCCUUCACACCUUGAAGCUGAAGUCACCGCGCUGGCUGAGCAGUUUGAAGCGCAAUGUCAGAUCACCCGCGGCGAUGAACUGCUUGACCUGGAGUGUGGAGCCAUCCACGCCGUCGGUCGCGCAGCGGAUGAUGCGCCUCGUCUUAUCGAUCUAACCUGGGGUGAUCCUGAACAUCCAAAAGUGACGCUGGUCGGAAAAGGGGUGACUUUUGACAGCGGUGGCCUGGACAUCAAACCACCAAACGCCAUGCGUUGGAUGAAAAAAGAUAUGGGUGGCGCCGCCAACGUCAUUGGCCUGGCUUAUCUGAUCAUGGCCCAGGCGCUGCCAGUACGACUGCGCGUACUUGUACCCGCGGCGGAAAAUGCUAUUGCCGGUAAUGCCUUCCGACCAGGUGACGUCCUGCACACCCACAAAGGGUUAACAGUGGAGAUUGACAAUACCGACGCCGAAGGACGUUUGUUGCUUUGUGAUGCGCUGUCCAUUGCCUGCGAAGAUAAACCUGAGCUGAUUUUUGACUACGCGACCCUCACCGGCGCCGCGCGCGCGGCUGUGGGGGCGGAACUUUCAGCCAUGUUCUGUAACCAUGAUGGACUCGCUGCCGAUCUUCACCAACACGGCGACGAGAUUGACGACCCGCUCUGGCGUAUGCCGCUGCACCAGGGUUACAACUUCAUGAUUGAGUCAAAGAUUGCCGACGUGGUGAAUUCUGCUGCCUCACCUUACGCAGGUGCUAUUACCGCCGGGCUGUUUCUGCAGAAAUUUGUCGACCAUGAUCGUUGGGUACAUUUUGAUAUCAAUGCAUUUAACACCCGCAGUCGUCCCGGCAGACCUGAAGGUGGCGAGGCAAUGGGUUUGCGAGCGGUCUACAACUACCUGGCGGCAACUUAUGGGGGCUUGAUUGCGGCUAUCGCGCAGGACGCCACCUCCCGCCAGGUACUCAUGCUCGCAUGGAUGGAUCGCACGGCGAUCGAACGGACCAUUGAACAGGGCCAGGUAUGGUACUUUUCCCGCAGCCGCAACACCUACUGGCGCAAAGGCGAAUCUUCCGGACAUACCCAGCAACUGAAAAGCAUGGCGUUCGACUGCGACGGUGACGCCGUGCUGCUGGAAGUGAACCAGACUGGACCGGCCUGUCACACUGAUCGUCCACACUGCUUUUAUCUGCAGGUGCAGGGACAGCAGGUUGUUGUAACUUCGGACCCGGUUAUGCCAGAGAUUUACUUCCACAACACGCUGAGCGGUAAAAAAGAGCUUUUUACCCCCAUUGAUCCAGAGCGGGUAACGGUAUAUGUCUGCGGCCCAACGGUGUACAACUUUGUACACAUCGGCAAUGGUCGACCUGCGGUAGUUUUUGAUGUGCUGACACGCCUGCUGCGCAGCAUCUAUCCUCAUGUCAGCUACGCCCGCAACGUCACCGACAUCGACGACAAGAUUAAUGCCGCGGCACUGGCGAACGGUGAGCCGAUCCAGGCGCUUGCAGAUCGCUUCACCAGCGCUUACGAAAAAGACAUGACCACCCUGGGUGUUAUACCCCCGGAUGUUGCACCCCGGGCGACACACCACAUCGAUGAAAUUGUGGCCAUGAUCGAAGAGCUGAUUGCCAGCGGGCACGCGUACGCGAACGAAGGGCAUGUGUUGUUUGAUGUGCCUUCAGACCCCAGCUACGGCAGCCUUUCCCGGCGCUCACUGGAAGAUAUGCUGGACGGCGCCCGUGUUGAAGUGGCGCCUUAUAAAAAGGACCCAAAAGACUUUGUCUUGUGGAAACCAUCCAGCAAAGAGCAGCCUGGUUGGCCCAGCCCCUGGGGAGUCGGCAGACCGGGUUGGCACAUUGAGUGCUCGGCGAUGAUUCGCAAACAUCUCGGCCGCAGUAUCGAUAUUCAUGGCGGCGGCUCAGACCUGACCUUCCCGCAUCACGAAAAUGAAGCGGCCCAGAGUCGCUGCGCGAAUCAUACGCCGGACUACGUCCGCUACUGGUUGCAUAACGGCAUGCUCACCAUGGGUGGUGAGAAGAUGUCCAAAUCCGUAGGGAAUGUGCACACUAUUCAUGAGCUCGCGGAGCAGUACAGUGGCGAAGUGCUGCGCUACGCAUUGUUAGCGGGUCAAUAUCGCUCACCCCUGGCCUGGUCUGAUGACCUUAUUCAACAGGCCCAAUCGAGCCUCGACAGUUUGUAUCAGGCGCUGCGGGAUAAACCUGUCGAUGCCGAGGAAACAAAAGACUUUUCUCAGUUGGACAGCAGCGCGUUUCCUGAAGCUGUUGUGGCGGCGUUAUGUGAUGACCUGAAUACACCCGAGGCACUGGCCGCAAUGCAUGAGCUGGCUGCGGAUCUACAGAAAGCGGACAAUCAAACAGCCAUCCAGAGCGCCCGACAACGUCUGCUAGCAGGUGGCUGGUUGCUGGGUUUGUUAGCGCAGGAUGCAGAGACAUAUUUUACCGCUGCCGGUGGCGAGUUAGGCGCGGGUGAUUUAAGCGCUGAUGAAAUCGAUGCACUGGUAGAGGCACGUAAUGCUGCGCGCGCCAACAAAGACUUCGCCGGCGCCGAUCAGAUACGGGAUCAGCUGGCUGCCGCGGGCAUAGAGCUUGAAGAUCUGCGCGAAGGAACCCGCUGGCGCCGUAACUGA